UAUAUAGUUCCUACAACACAGACGACAGUUUUAAUCGCUUGAACCAGCGAAGCACACAGAUUUGUUAAAUAUAACGCACGUCAGGACUGCGUUGGUAAAGUUACUCACAAUGCCGACGCUAAAUAUUUGGUUUUUUACUUUAGCCCUGUUUACAUUUCCGCUACUUUCGACAUCUCACUGGUGGUUCAUGUCCCAAGUGUAUGCACUGGGAGCCAAAGUCAUGUGUAAUAACAUCGCCGGUUUGGUAACGUACCAAAGACAACUUUGUCAAGAAAACCCCGAUGUUAUGGUAAGCAUUGGAAAAGGGGCUAAACUCGGAGUCGUAGAGUGUCAGCAACAGUUUAAAGACCAGAGAUGGAAUUGUUCAACGGUGGCGCGAGACGUCAGCGUUUUUGGGAAAGUGAUGAGAAGAGCGAGUCGGGAAAGCGCGUUUGUCUACGCCGUUUCAUCAGCCGGUGUUGUACACGAAGUAACGCGCGCAUGUAGUCGAGGUGAAUUGAGCGAUUGUACCUGUGAUUCGAAUCGCAAAGGAAGAAGUCGGAAGGGCUUCGAAUGGGGAGGAUGCAGCGACAACGUCGCCUACGGUCUGAGGUUUGCCAAGCUGUUUGUGGAUUCCCGAGAACAAGAGCGAGACGCACGCGCUAAGAUGAAUCUUCACAACAACUUUGUCGGAAGACGGGCCGUUAAAAUGCACACCAUUCUGGAUUGCAAAUGUCAUGGAGUAUCAGGCUCAUGUCAAGUGAAAACUUGCUGGAAAACUAUGGCGCCUUUCAGUGUGGUGGGAAGUUAUCUUAGAGACAGAUACCAGAAAGGCAUCUUGGUUACAGUUGAUCAAAGCGGAAAUGAACUGGUCGUGGCAGAAGAAACUUAUCCUGCUACGCCUUCACGUGAUAACCUCGUGUUCUUGGAGGAGUCCCCGGAUUAUUGUGUCCCAAACUCCAACACGGGCUCGCUGGGCACCACGGGAAGAGUGUGCAACAAGACCUCGCCGGGUCAUGGGAGCUGUGGGGUUCUGUGCUGCGGGCGCGGAUUCAACACGAUUCAAGUAGAGGAGGAGUACAGAUGCGCUUGCAAGUUUCACUGGUGUUGUUACGUGAAGUGCAAUAUUUGUCGGAGAACUGUUGACAAGCAUGUGUGUAAAUCGCCCGAGGAAGAUUCUUCUCAGCACAACAGCGCCGGUCGCCAAGUGUCGGCGCUGGCAAACUCAGAGAGCAGAAAUCAAAAUAGGCCAAAUAAUCAGUCCAGGAAAAGAGCUCAAAGAAGAAAGGCCAGGAAGAACAAGAAAAGAGGGGCAUCAAUCAACAGCCUCGACAGCGACCACAGAGAUAACAAAAGCUUAUGAUAAUUGCUUCCAGCCUCCGCAGACAGAUGGCGCAGACAAUAUGAAAUAAUUUUAGUACAAACUAUCGGUCAGUAUUCGUCAAGUUCAUGCACGAUUAUGCUCUGCGACGAUAAACCCCAAAUAAGUUUUUCCUUUGUGGAAUCACCGAAGAGUAAGGUAACAAUACUAAACAUUCUUAAUUACAAAAUCAAAGCUCGAAAUCAAAUUGCCACUAAAAACUAAAUGAAAAUAAAUUUAUUUUAAAGAAUGAAAAAAUCCAGAUUGGACCAAUUAGUAUUCCUUAUGUUAUAAGGAGUUGUAUAUAUUAUAUACAGUGUGUUCUCGUAAGUACAAGAUGACAUCCAAACCACGAUUCUUAGUUUGCAAAUCACUAGCUAUAAUAUUAGAAAGAUUCGUCAAUUAUAUUGAUUCAACUUUGAAGGAGUACCUGAUUGUUAGAAAAACAUAAAAUCUCGCGACGACUGCCACUACAACAACUGCCAGACACUGGUUCUCAUGCGUCAGUUUCUCACCCUCGCUGCUGGUCACUUGUAUUGACAUAUAGUUCUAAUUGGCUAAUUGUUAUAUCUCGUGAUUUGAUUGGUUGGUGUAAUUGCUUACGUAGGACAUUCAAUUGAAUCUCUCUAAUAGAAAAUAAAAUUGUGUUGAGACUUGACUUGAAAGCCUUUAGACAUCUAAGACCAGUGUGGCUUUGAAAAAAAAUCCUCUAAGUAAAAAAGAAGCAGGAAAAAUAGAGCACACGCACAAACUACAUUACUUUGGACGGAAAAUGCUCGAUAGCGAUUUUCAUUCGAAUUUUGGAAAUCGGGAUCACAACAGUAUAGGGAGAGUACAAGAUUAAUUUUAGCCAUGUAAAUCAGCUAAUGUUAUUUCUUUUGAUUUUUUUGGUUAAUUAUUAUAAUAACUAUUAAUGUUAAUAUAUAUAUUCAGACAAAGAGCUAGUACUUGUUAGUUCGCUUUUGCACAAGUGCUUAUACAACAGUAGUUAUGUUAAGAAUGGUACCGCGAAUAAAGUUUAUGACUUCUA